GGGGUUACACAACUAUUUCGAAAUUGUUGCAAUAGCUUCUUAGCUUUGUCGAUGUGUUGAGUCAUUGUUGAAGCUUUAUAACGCUAGUGUGUGUUGCUACAACUCGCUAUAAUUAUCCAGACAGAGAGAGAGACAAUAUGCCUAAAGGGAGAUCACGGAAGAGGAAGGAGAAGGGACACCAGAGCCAACCUGCAGACACGGGGUCACUGGAUGAUGACAGUGAGAGUGUGUGUAGCUCGCUGGACGGUAGUGUGAUGAGUGAGGAUGGUGUGGGCGUGGGCGGUGUGGAGGAGGAGACAGAGGAAGACGCAGAGUUCCAACUAGCAGAGCAUAUUGACCGACUCGGGGAGAAAAGUUCUCGCACUCGCUUGGAAGCACUGACACAAGUCAACAAGAUACUGAGAGGCAAGCUAGUAGCUCACUGUCUGACUGGCUGCAGAGAGACACUCCUAGACAUCAUCACCAGGGGACUCAAGAGAGUGAGUGGGCAGGAGAGGCUGGAUCUGUUGGAGCUCAGUAUGUUGCUGACAGUGCAGUUUGGAGUGGACCAACCUGCCCUAGCUGCUGCACUAAGACCACUAGUCACACAACUGGCACAAGACCCAACCAUCUCAGCACCCGAGAGGUCAGAGUGUUUGAAGGUUCUGGGAGUAGUGGUGUUCAUACAAGUAUCUGAUCUACUGGAGGUUGCCAGUGUGAUGCGUGUGCUGGAGGAGGUACUGAGGAAGUGUAGACUGGACCAGGUGGUGGCCUCUGCUGUGAGGAGCUGGACACUACUGCUCUCCAUAGCACCAGACCAUUCUGUACCAGCUCUGUUCAAUUGUUUGCUGCCUGCUCUGAACAGUCUCCUGGACAAGACCUCCCACCUUGGUGUGAGGGUGGCAGUGGGGCAAGCUGUGGCUCUACUGUUUGAGUUAGUCAGAGAGGUGGAUGAGAGUUUACUGGACACUAGAGACAGUGACAGAGCGUAUGAGCUUAUCCAGAGUCUAGCCACAGAGAGUGACAGACACACGGCACGCAAGGAACGUAACCAUCAGAGAUCUACAUUCAAGGAUAUCCUCAACACACUCGAGGGUGGAGUUGGACCUGAGCGCACAGUGAGAAGUGGAGUGGAAUCAGUCUCCCUCAACUGUUGGGCCAGACAUGUCCAAUAUGAUACCUUCAGAGACCUAUUAGGACCAGCCAUGAACACUCACCUGGCAGGGAAUGAUCUACUCAGGGAGGUGUUUCAGAUGGGACCUCCUCCAUUGCUCAGAGUGGAGAGCAAGGCUCACAAGCUGGACAGGAAGUACUACAAUGCAGUGAUGGCCAAACAGAGGACUCAAUCACGAGGAAAGCUCAGAGACAAGAGAACUGUUACAUAGAGUAUAGAGACACAAGAUUCCUAUUAUUUAUUUCAGUGGUAAUUUUUUUUGCUGUGCACAUUCAAUGUUGUCCUGCACUUUAA